AUGUCUUCACAGAAUGCUUCAAUCAUAGUAACAGAAUUUAUUAUAGGCGGUUUUGAAAAGACUAACAGUUCUCUCCUAGUUGGUGUUGUUAUACUCAUUGUUUACGUUGUGACUGUUCUAGCAAAUCUAGUAAACAUCAUCUUCAUCAUUUAUGAAAAGAAUUUGCACAAACCCAUGUACCUUCUGAUCUGUAACCUUGCUGUUGUUGACAUUCUGUACACAUCUAGUGCCAGUCCAACGGUUAUUGGGGUUCUAGUGGCUGGCGUUAAAACUAUCUCCUAUGUGCCAUGUUUAAUUCAGAUGUUUGCGCUGCACUUAGCAGGGACCAUGGAGAUGUUUGCCUUGGCAGUUAUGGCCUUUGAUCGAUUACUUGCCAUCAGUUGUCCUUUUCAUUACCACCGUUAUCUAACCAAUGCUCGUACUCUUGUACUCACAUACAGUCUGUGGAUCGUUGCCUCUGCUUUUGUGGCUGUGUUUCCUGCAACUGUGAGUCCUCUUCCUCACUGCUACACAGUGCUGAAGUACACCUUCUGUGACUAUGCUGCUGUAAUUCGAACCACUUGCGUCGACCCAGAGUACUAUUUCAAUCUGGUUGCUAUCAUAUAUUUUUUUAUUUUAGUUUUUACUUUUAGUUUUAUCUGUCUGUCCUAUUUUGGAAUCAUAUUUCUUGUAAAAUUAUCUUCAAAUAUUGACAGAAUCAAAAUAGGCAGCACCUGUUUGAAUCACUUAAUAGUAGUAGGAUGUUUUUAUAUUCCAGUAUUUAUUGUUGCUUUCCUGACCAGGUUGGGUGUUGUAUUAACUCUUGAGGCGCGUAAUGGCUUGUUAAUUGGGUCCAUAUUUGGCCCCUCUUUAGUAAAUCCUUUUGUGUACUGUUAUCGAACUAAGGAAAUUAAAUGUAAGAUCAGCAAGAUUUUCAAAAUAUUUGCAUAG